AUGAUCAGAUCCUCUGUUUUAAGGCCUUUAUGCAGGCUAACAGUUUCCAAACCAUGGGGUAAGUUUAGAAUCCCUCAAACGGUUUCUUCACCAUGUUUGAAAGCCACUUACGCUACGAAGGUCACUCCAAAGCUAACUGCAGAGGCGUACCCAUCUGUGAAGAGAGAUUCCAAGUACAAGCAGCUUUCCUCAGAAGAUAUCACCUUUUUCGAAUCAAUCCUUUCCCAACAGGAAUUAUUACAGGCAAACGAUCAAGAUGCUUUGGAAUUCUACAAUGAAGAUUGGAUGAGAAAAUACAGAGGCCAGAGUCGUCUAGUUUUGAGACCAAAGACAGUGCAAAAAGUUUCUCAAAUUUUGAAAUACUGUAAUGAUAAUCAUAUAGCCGUUGUACCUCAAGGUGGUAACACUGGUCUGGUUGGUGGAUCGGUUCCCAUCUUCGACGAGGUUAUUCUUUCCCUAAACUAUUUGAACCAGGUUAGAGAUUUUGAUCCUGUUAGUGGUAUCUUGAAAUGUGAUGCUGGUUUGAUCCUAGAAAAUGCCGAUCAAUACUUGGCAGAGCAUGGUUACAUCUUUCCGCUAGAUUUGGGUGCUAAGGGAUCUUGUCACGUUGGCGGUGUAGUUGCUACUAAUGCUGGUGGGUUAAGACUGCUUCGUUAUGGUUCCUUGCACGGUAGUGUCUUGGGUUUGGAGGUUGUUUUACCAAACGGUGACAUUGUUAGCAGCAUGCAUGCUCUAAGAAAGGAUAAUACUGGUUACGAUUUAAAGCAACUGUUUAUUGGUUCCGAAGGUACCAUUGGUGUAAUUACAGGUGUAUCCAUUUUAACACCACCAAGACCAAAAGCGUUUAACGUUAGUUUCCUAGCAUUGGAAAAUUUCCAAGCUGUACAAAACGUCUUUGUAAAGGCUAAGAAAGACUUGGCAGAAAUAUUAUCAGCUUUUGAAUUCAUGGAUUCCUACUCACAAGAUUUGACUAAAAAACAUGUAGAAAAUCUGAACCAUCCAUUCGAAGAGGAACACCCUUUUUACGUGCUAAUUGAAACUUCUGGUUCCAACAAGGAACACGAUGACGCUAAAUUAGAGGCAUUUUUAGAAUCUGUUAUUGAAGAUGGGCUUGUUGUGGAUGGUGUAGUUGCCCAAGACGAGACCGAAUUGCAAAACUUGUGGCAAUGGAGAGAAUUGAUUCCUGAAUCUGCCCAAGCUGGUGGCGGUGUCUACAAAUACGAUAUUUCAUUGCCUUUGAAAGAUCUAUAUUCCCUAGUGGAAGCAGCCAACCAGAGACUAGAACAAGUGGGUAUUCUAGGUGAUGCACCAAAACCUGUCAUCAGGGCAAUUGGUUACGGUCACGUAGGUGAUGGUAACUUGCAUUUAAACGUUGCAGUUAGAGAAUACUCUAAACAGGUCGAAGAAGCUCUAGAGCCAUUUGUCUAUGAAUUCGUCUCAUCAAAGCAAGGUUCCAUCAGUGCUGAACACGGUCUUGGAUUUCAAAAGAAGAACUACAUUGGCUAUACCAAGACUGGACCUGAGAUCAAGCUGAUCAAGGAUCUCAAGAACCAUUACGACCCUAACGGUAUCUUGAACCCUUACAAAUACAUCUAA